UUCUUCGAUACAAAGCCUUAACCACCAACGGAACAGAUUUAUGGCUCGUGCGAUAUAACUUUACCUAACUACCUACCUAGGUACCUACCUAGGUAAUUGUUCAACUGCGGCACAGCAUAUUAUCAGUAAAACUGUUAGUAAUAAGAUUGACCCCCGAAGGCCGGUACUUUAUUCUCCAAGGUUUCAUUCACAAAAGACGAAGCUCAACUUCACCCUUGAAUCUUUCUUGCUCCAGUCGUUACUCAACUCCAAGAUGCCGUCGCUUAUACAGCAGUUCUGGGACGCCAGAAACCCUCCUGCUGACCCUACGCAUCUCUCCUUUGAGGGGAAGACUGUGUUAGUCACUGGGGCUAACUCGGGAAUGGGCUUCCACGCCGCAAUUAAGUACGCGCAAUUGGGGGCGUCGAAAUUGAUAUUGGUCGCGCGGUCGAAAGAAAAGGGCGAAGCGGCUAAGGCGUCGAUCAUCGAUAAAACGAAAACUAAAGCCGAUAUUACUGUGAUGGCAGUGGACUUAGAGAGGUUCGCGUCUGUGAAGGAGUUUUCUCGUCAAGUCUACGAGCAGGUUGACGACCUACACGUCGCCCUUCUCUGCGCUGGGGUGAUGAUACCGGAAUUUGCCCUUGGGCCUGAGGGUUACGAAAUAAAUUUGCAAGUUAAUGUGCUGUCAACGGCUCUCAUGGCACUUCUCCUACUUCCCAAAAUUCGAGAUACAGGGCGUCGAUCGGGAAGUCAGGACCCUGCGCAUCUCUGCAUUCUCAAUAGUAUGGCCACACAAGAGUUCGACGAGAAGUGGAUAGAACCUGGAGAAUCUUUAAUUGACCGCAUCGGCGAUUCGUCCAAAUUCGAUCAUGUUUCUCAAUACUACUUGGUUAAGCUGGCAGCGAGAUAUUUUAUACAAGGAAUAUCGAAUUCAUCCAAGGAUGACGAAACUGUCGUGAUCAAUUGUUGCUGUCCGGCUUUGAGCUGGACGAAUCUUCACCGACAUUAUGGCCUAUUCACGAAUAUAAUGUUGUACCCAUACAAACUUUUGUGCGCAAGGACUGCUGAGCAAGGAGCUCGAACAUUGGUUAGUGCUACUGGCUUAGGGCGCGAAAGUCAUGGAAAGCUCUGGCUAAAUGACGAGUUACCACCGCCAGCCAUGUUUUUCGCAACUGAACGCAGUAAUGAAUUAUAUCGUCAGACGUGUGGUGAAAUCAUGUCCAUUUUAAAGGAGAAAGCCGACUUUAACUAAGUCCAUGAAUCCGAGUUGGUCAUGUCUUGAAAAUUCUGAUGUACUUAAUAUGUGUCUGCUUAGCUAU